AUGAAUAAUAGUAAUAUCCAAAAUAUUUUCGUUAUUGCUCAUACCGAUCAUGGUAAGACAACUUUAGUUGAAUCAUUAGUUAGUAAUAGAACUAUCAAGAAAGAAGAGGACAGUGAUAUCACAACGAUGGGUUCUUUGUUUCAUUAUGAUUUGCCAGAUUCCGUUCCAUUACCUCUUGGUUUAGAUAGCCGUCGUUUCUUAUUAAAUCUCAUUGAUACACCUACAGUUGAUAUAGGUUGUAGAUUGAAAGAAUCAGAUGAUGCUCUUGUAGUGGUGGAUGUUGUCGAGGGUGUCUGUGUUUCUGGUCAAGCUAUGCUUCAGCUUGAACGCAUCAAUUCAGUACUCUUUAUAAACAAGAUGGAUAGAUUGAUCUUAGAGCUUCAAUUGGAUUCAGAGGAUGCAUACCAAACAAUCAAUAGAAUAGUUGAAACAAUCAAUGUCUCUAUUCAACUUGGUGGUAAUGGUAGCAAUAGUAAACAAAAGAGAAUCAUCGAUCCAGUAGUUGGAAAUGUUGCAUUUGGAAGUGGAGUUCAAGGAUGGGCAUUUACACUUGAGAAUUGGGCAGCUUUAUAUGAGACAAAACUAGGUGUACCAAAAGAGAAACUAUUGCGACGACUAUGGGGUAAUAACUUCUUUGAUGAUGUCAACAAGAAAUGGGUAUCGAAUCGAGUCUCUGAAGAUGGAAGAACUUUGAAGCGUGGAUUUUGUUUUCUCAUCUAUGAACCACUCCGAGACAUCAUACUCGCCGCCAACGAAAAGAACUCGGAAAAACUCACCAAACAACUAUAUUAUAUUAAUAUCAACUUGACCAAUGCAGAGCUUGAACAAACUAGUAGAAAAGAGUUGAUAUGUACAGUAAUGAAAAGGUUUUUAUUAAUUAAUAACUGUAUUAUUUCAAUGGUUGUUAAACAUCUACUACUACCUUCACCUUCACCUCAUAAUAACAUCAUUUAA